GGCGCGAGAGGCGGCGCUGUCAUCCCUCACUCUUUUUCCUACACAGUCACUCCUUAGGGUCUUCUUUUUUUUUCAUUCAUCUUCAGCAUCUUCCUGCUCUUUGCACUCACUACCUUUAACCCUGGUUCUGGGGCCUCCGCUACGAUCAAGGAGGCCCAAAGCGAAUAGAACCUAUCUUCUCGGAAUACACCACUGGGAAAGAAAACGAACAUCAUCUACUAAAUCGUGACUUUAUCGAUCCCAGUCUUUUAGACCUCAGGAGAUAUCCUGUUCCUUCUCCAUUUGAAUCAAGGGUUACUGUCGAUGCUCAGGAAGCAUACAGUCCAUAUGAUGAGAAUGAAUACCCUUUCGCUGAAUAUGACAACCAUGGAAAUUUCGAUCCUCUGCCUCACACUCCUUAUACCGCUUUACUAGAUCUACCUGCGCUAGACGCAGAGUUUCAGCAAGCUCUCGAAUAUGUCGAAAGACCUGGCGAAGGCCAGGUCCAAUCCAGUCUUUACCUAGAUCAGCCAGUCUCCAAUCCUCAUGUGGAGCAAUUCCAACAUCAUCAUUCUACUGCUCAGAUUUUACCUGAACAGCCACAACCACGACCAAUUGUUCAAUACCACACUUGCCCAGAAUGUCAAAAACAGUUCAAAUUACCAUAUCAGCUGAAUGUUCAUAGAAACGUCCAUAGUCCCAAUCACGAAUGCCCGGUAUUUUCAUGCGAAUCACCUAGAUUCCGGUAUAAGAAAGAUCGAGACCGUCACUUUAGAAGUGUACAUCCCGAGCUCAUCCCGAAUGCGGAAAGAUAUUUUUGUGAUAUGGAAAUCUGCAAGCAGUCAAGAGCCAAAGGAGGGGGGUUCAAGAGGAAGGAUAACUGUGAGAGACACAAGAGGAAAUGUAAACAUCGGCGUCGACAGAUGUGACAAGAAAGGUUGCUGCGUACAUAGUCAACGGAAGUACUUAAGGCUGUGAUAGGAGUAGAAAUAUGAUGCGUUGAUGUCAAUUGCCAGCGUAUUGCCAGCUGAUUAUUGUGAUUGAAGAAUUAUGAUAGAAUCCCUAGAACCCCUAAUCCGUAGCCGCCCUGAUUCUAUAACCAAAUCACAAGAUGGCAUGUA